AUGAAGGCAAAUUUAAGCCCCUCCCUCCGACAGGAAAUCGCCCUAUGCAAUAAGCAAAAGAGCAACAAGCGAUGUAUCCUCAUUUCGCUAAACAGCAAAUGUAAUGAAAGAAUUUAUGAGGGGAAAGGUGGAAAGGCGGAAAGGCAGAAUGGUGGUGCCGGUGCUGAGAAUGAGUCAGGAGCCCAUUGGAUCCAGGACAUGCACAGCAGUUGUCAGGGCGAAUCGUACCACCCCAUCGCUGCAACGGGGGUUCAAUUCACCCUGGAAGGCUACACAGAACAAAGGGAAAACCCGAGCGACGAUUUGGAAAGUAUAAAAUGCCUAUUAAAUGACGAGCUUGCUUUCAUACUCUACAAUGCUGCAGUGUUUACGGCGAGAUAUAGAUGGGUCCUUAUUCUAUGGGUCCCCGACGAAUCAGUAGCAACAGAAUUGGGGAGGCAAAAUGAGUCUGCUGAGAAGGUCGUAAGGGAAAAAAAGUACACCAAAGUGACACAGCUGAAUAGGUUAAUUUAUUGCAAUUUAAAAAAUAACCUUCUUUAUUAUGUGGACCAUGAUAGGGACGUGCCAUUUCACGAAGUGCACAAUUUCGAGCAGCUGGAAAGAUGCAUAAGGGGCAGUCUCGGCAAGUGCUUGACCGUAGGUAGCGCGACGCAAAUGUGUAAGGCAAGGGUACUGUCCCAUUUCAGCGUUACGAAUUACUUGCACAAUUACUACUUUCUAAAUGAGCAAAUGAAGCAGUGUUGUGACGGCUUAAAUGAUGAAGGUGAUGGCCUGUGCAACGAUCUCGAUUUGCUCGCCAAGGAGAGAAACACUUGCAUCGUUCUGCUCACCAUAGAUGUAGAGAAGUACAAACUGGAGAGUCGUUUUCAGAAAAUAGAAACCAUUGAAUCGUUUCUUCACCUAACAAAGGAGCUACAUAUUCUUUAUGUCCUUUACAAGACAUCCGAUACAUACACCUGCUUCUACCUCUGCCAUAGUGACCGGUGCACCACGAAGGAAAAGUUUGUGUACUCUUUAUUCAAACCGCAUUUAAUCCAAAUUUUGAAAAAAAAACAUAUUCCCAUUUUUUUAAGUGUCGAAAUGGGGAAGCUUAAACAUUUGGUAGACUUUAUCCGAGGGGACAUUACUACGAAGAAGGAAGUACCCAUAAAAAAUGCACCACUUGACAUGGCUCCCAAAACGAAGAAGAGCACAACCCAUUUGGCAUUCGUCUCGAAAAAGAACUACCCUAGCCAUGCACAGAUCAGUGGGACGAAGGAGUUCCUUCCCAUUGUGGAAAAUGAUUCCAUUAGCAGAAAGGGGAAGACGAAUGAUCAAUCUGGGAAUGGCCCAAACAUGCAUAAGAAACACUCGUUUACAUCCAGACCGAUGAACUUGCUGUCCCUGAAGAGGAGGGAGUCCAAAUCCAACAAUACACACACAGAGCAACCCACUUCGGGCAAAACAAAUAAAAUGGCACAUGCACCACUAGGGGAAGGAAAACAGACGAGUAACUCCACAUGUAUGAGCGAAAAUAUCGGACCAAAGUUACUCAAAAAAUGGUCCCUAUCCAAAUCGUAUAAUUUGAAAAAAAAAACCUCUUUAACAAAUGAGGGGGGAAAAAACUUCACAGUAAGAAAAAAAAGAGAACCAUCCCCUACACUGCUUCAGAGUAAAUCGUUAACCCUCCGCAAGGGAUCAUCCACCUCCGUCCAGUUAAAAAAAUUGUCCUCUUUGUCUAAGCAAAAAUCCCUGCAACUUGACAAGAAAAAGAGCUUAACCAGGAGGCUCAAAGGGAGAAGCGGUACUUCAGAAAAGUGA